AUGGGAUCCCCGAGAUCCUCUGAAUUCAAAGCGCUCCUUGUCCACAGCAGCAUUCUACUUCAAAAUCCUGGCUCGGCGAAGUCGAUUCAAAACUGCAACUACUCCAGAACAACACUUUGCAUUCCAGGCAGGAACAACAAAAAGGUCGAAGACCCAGCAGGAAUUAUUAUGAAAAACCGGCUCAUGUUUCCUCGAGGGGUCAAAAGCAGGGUUACGACUGACACCCGCCUGCUCGGGGCAAUGGGAGGCCGACAAGCCAGAGGGAUCCCCUGGAUCCCCGGGAUCACGCGGAUUCCCGCGCUACCCCCGCCGCCCGAGUUUUCAUUCAUGACCGCGGGGGCGGCUGCUGCCGGAGUAAGUAUUUCACCUUCCGCCGUACUGACAACAUCGUUGCUGAUGCCGUGGGCGGCCGCACAACGUAGAACGCAGCAAGCACAACGUUCUUAUAUGGGAGCUAGGGGGGAUCCGCUGAGGUCAAGGCGGGAGAUCCCCGCUGACGUGUUGCAGGGGAAGUUGGAAAAAAGGACGAAUGGAAGUCCUCCUGAUCCGGAACAAAGAAACAGGUCAAGCUGCGUGGGUGUGCUGGUAGCUGAGGUCAGAAGGUCCAGCAGGAACCAGACAUCAUUGGCUAUGUCCUUGGCCUUGGACGUCUGCAGCGACGUUAAGCUGGGAAACGGAUCGUCUUUGGUGAGUGUGGACACAGCCACUGCGUUUGUGAAUGUUCCGUCGCUGGCCUCCUCAAAGUCCUCCGGACAUUGCACCAAUGCCAAUAAAAAGGACAUUGGCUGCAAUCCUCACCAUUCUGAGAAUGGCAAUGAAAUGGCAUUGGCAAUGCCAUACAUUGGCAUUGGCAAUGCCUUGAGCUUGAGUUGCACCAAUGCCAAUAAAAAGGAGGUUGGCUGCAAUCCUCACCAUUCUGAGAAUGGCAAUGAAAUGGCAUUGGCAAUGCCAUUGCAGAAAUGUCUGCCAGCCCAAUACCCCCAUUCUUUUACUGGGCAUAGGUUCCUGCGCAAGACGGAAAGAAAGGACCCACAGCAGCAAGAGGCGAAGUUGCCAUGGAAUUACGCAACCAGGGAAUUAGGCGGCCUUUUUUUUUUUGGUCUUGCGAGCACGUUUCGAGUUCAUGGCGGCGGCGGCGGCGGUGGUGGCGGCGAUUCGACUUCCUCACGUAUUAUACAGUGGACGCCACGGGAUGAUGUUUUCAUCAGUGGCUGGUGGACCUCUGAUGACGGAGGUAGGCAGCAGGCAUCAUCAGUAACGUCAGUUAUUUAUACACUAUCUAAUAUAUUGAUCUUCAGGAAAAACAUUCCACCAAGUGAAUCAUCACUUGAUGAAAGGAAUUAUGAAGAAUUUUACAAACAGAAAAUUAGUCACACCCCAGUGAAAACCUUGGAGAAGCUUUCCACUGGGGAGGACCAGGACCUCGCACAUAUUAACGAGCCUCGAAACCAGCUGCGAGGUCAAUGCUGCAACCCGGGUUGCGCAACAGACGAUCCGCUAUGUAACCUUCUUCUGCGGGCUGCCUUUGUCAUCAUCACUGCACUUUCCUCACAAUAUAAUUCCGCCUUUGAUGGGAUCUUGAUAUUUAACAAUAAUGAAUCAUUGUGUUGCGUCCGCAGGUAUUACGGAAGCGCUGAGAAAGUGAUGUCACCUGUGCUGACCGGGUUCGUUGUCCUGGCCGCAAUGGCGUAUUGC